AUGUCCAUCUUCUCUUCGGGAUCCGAAGCAAGCGGGGGAUCGCUGGGCAUCGUCCCACCGGUGCCUUGCCCGCCUCUACCGAAUUUCUUAGCGGAAUGGGCUGCCAUUAUCCCUCUUGUGUGCCACCUAGCAACUCAGCGAGACGAUUACAUUACGACAGGAGAUAUAGCACUGCUGGGCAGAUUGCACAUCGGCUUAUUCCCCCGGUUGGGCACCCUCUCUGGCAUAUCCAGACUGCUAGAAAGAGGUUCGAAAUUCCUCGAUUAUGCAAGCACCAAGGGAGGCUCGAGCCGGAUGGUGUGGGACGUCAAAUGGGGAAGUGUAUUUCCGUGUGCAAAUGGUGCUGCCAGUGCUGCCAUUACCAGCUACCUUAAGAGUCGGGACCAACGUCCCCCGAAACGGAUGCCCGAAACCCUGGUUACAAAGCCCCAGGAGAAUGAUCCGGAGUCCUCAUCGGGGCAGAAUAGCUGCGACAUUAAACAAGGAGAUCCCACAGUUCAACCUGAAAAUCUCGAUAUCAGAAACGAGGCACCUAGAACUGACGAAGACUUUAUCCGACGAUACCAGCUUCUCCAUAUAUAUCGAUUUUACCGCAAGCCAAAGGGGAAUUCACUCAGGCAACGAUUUGACCGGGUUCGCAUGUUCAAAGCAUAUAGAAUAUCGUCCUUUGUAAUACAGACUUGCCUUGCAGUGUUCCUACUUACCUUCGGAUCUUUCGGAACGGCGACAAUCCUCAUUUGCGCCUCGGUGUCAGAGUUGAUUGCACAGGGUAUCCCGCUUCGCCGGCCCUCCACAUACUUGACGAGCACCGAGAAUCAUGAUGCUUGCAUGCUCGUGGCAUCACACCAAAACGCCACAGAAUGGCACUUGUGCAUUGGGGACCGAGCCGUGGUGGACACUAUGUUUAACAAACCAAUGGUUGUCGUUCCGGAGGGAAAGAAGGCUCGCCUCCUGGCAUGCUGGUUCGGGUUUGCCAACAUCCUGCAAUUUGCGGCAAUGACCUUUGUCGCUGGGCAGAAAGGCUGGGACGGUGUGUGUUUGGUGGCACUCCUGGGGAUACAUUGGGCGUUGCAUUGGAUUCUACGCGGGCCACACCUACCCCACGACUGGCUGGAGCGCGAGGGGGUCGAGGCGGCUGUCAAAUCCUAUAAGUUUGGGGGAAGAACGGCAAUGAUAGGCGCUAUACAGGUAUUCAGCGACACUAGCAUUGUUUGUUGGAUGGACCAGAUCAUGGUGCCACAUCCUCGACGAGAAGCUUGGCUCGGUUGUCUUCGGGGGGUAGAACUGACGGGGGAAUUCAAUACCCAUGAUAUGACAUGGAUUAAGCUAGCCUCAGAAGCAUCUCUUGCAGCGGCAGAGGUGCUGAAAAGGGAAUGCGGCCCCCGGAGUGAUGGUGUGUAA